GUGUCCUUGCGAAAAGACCCCAUCUAUUUUCCUUACUUUCAUGCAAGAAACGGCAUCGUGUUGAGCGAGAGACUCAAGUUGACCCAAAAAAAUCGGAGAGAAAGGAUAGGAAAGGUUGAAGCGAGAGGGUUAAGCAGUAAGCAGUGCCUGUCUCUCUGUUACCUCGGCGGCGGCGGCGGCUGAUCUUUCACUUUAUUAAACAGUACAAAGGUACGUAUCAGUCUCCUCUUCUUUUCUAUAACCUACUAGAGUUCGUGCAAGGAAUUCAAUUUUACCAUUUCGUCUCUUAACAUUAUGGAGAUAGAUGCUGAAGAGGUCAAAGAUAGCUCGCUCAUUUUGAUCAAGCAAGGAGCUGAAGCGAGGGUUUUUGAGUCAAAUUUUGUUGGAAGGAGGUCUAUUGUAAAGGAACGUUUCUCGAAGAAGUACAGGCAUCCGACUCUGGAUUCUAAACUUACUCUCAAGCGUUUAAAUGCGGAAGCUAGAUGUAUGACAAAGGCAAGACGACUAGGGGUGUCUACUCCUGUGUUGUAUGCUGUGGAUCCACUUCUGCAUUCUCUAACAUUUGAGUAUGUGGAGGGUCCUUCUGUGAAAGAUGUCUUCCUUGAAUUCGGGUUACAUGGUAUUGUGGAAGAACGGUUGGAUGACAUCGCAAUGCAGAUUGGCGAUUCAAUUGGAAAACUACAUGACGGUGGUCUUAUUCAUGGUGACUUGACCACAUCAAAUAUGCUACUUCGGAUGGGUACCAAUCAAUUGGUCCUUAUUGAUUUCGGCCUUAGCUUCACAUCAACCCUCCCUGAGGACAAAGCUGUUGAUUUAUAUGUACUGGAACGAGCCUUACUUUCAAUGCAUUCUUCAUGUGGAAAUGUGAUGGACCGCAUUCUCGCCGGGUACAGAAAGUCCUCAAAGCAGUGGUCAUCUACGUUGAACAAGCUAGCUCAAGUUCGACAAAGGGGUCGAAAGCGCACCAUGAUUGGAUAAACUUUUUCCUCUAUUUGUUCCAUAUUAGGUAAAGAGAAAGAGGUGUCCGUUAAAGUGAUCAAAAUUAUGACAAUUUAUAUUGCUGCUGUAUUCUUAUGCAUAUGUAAUGAUCGACCUACAAGUUGUGAUGCAUGAAACAAGUUUUCAUGUAUGGCCAGGGGUUCAAUAGUUUCGUUUUCAUGACAGUUUACUGUUAGAGGAAUUGAGGCAUCCAAAUUAAAUGAUUAUCGCUACGUGUGAUCUUUA